ACUUCUAUUCCAACCCAACAACUCAAUUGAUAUUGGGGCUAAGAGCCAGGUCUGCCAUAGACUAGCUAUUGUGCUGGCAAGAUUGCAUUCUACCACACUGUCACUGACAGAUUCGGGGAGGCCUACAUUUAAUGUGUCGAUCAUUUGAAGUCACACUGCUUGACUGAGUGUGCCUAUUGUCAACAGAAGUGUGUCACAGAUCAGAAGUCUUUAUUCGGUCAUACACAUAUGGCUAUUUACUGAAAUAUUGUCUUAUCAUUUCUUGUCUUAUCAUUCAUGUUAUUUUUCAUUGAAGAGUGCUACUUUGGAGAACACUAUGAUUAGGUCUACAAACAGAAUGAUCCUUUGGUAUUUGGUGUUCUUUCUAUGAGGAUAUUGUCAUUUCAAUUCGUGUUUUGAAUAUCCAAUAUUGAUUGCCUAAAUUGUUGGUUUAGUGUUUACAUGAAGUGGACUAGAAUUUUACAUUUGCUUUAAACAUUGAGGCAAUGAGUGUGUUCAAUAAAUAGUCGUUACUAUUCCCUUGCAAGGGACUGAGCUUUAUGACGAAUGCAAUAGAUAUUUCAAAGAAUUUUCUCAUUAUCAAAAGUCCUGUAGAGCCUGUGCAACAUGGGAACAAAUAUUUUCAAGCAAAUAACGAUUUAGAUUUGUGUUAACCUCUCUACUUCAGAUAGAUCUACUUCCGAUAGAUCUACUUCCGAUAGUGUAUUUAGCUUUAGUUUUGUCCACAGAAAGAAAACUAACAACACAGAAAUCGUCCUCUAAGAUGGCGGGUAAAACUCUAGUAGUACCGGCUUUGUUGAGCGUAACAGGCCGAGGUUUCUCUCCCCUGCCAACUAAUUUGAAUGAAGUAGAGACGUCUUCACGAGCAUCAUCAGUAUCUGACGAGGAGGACGAGAUUUCGAAAGGCGAAGAGUUGACUGUCUUGGAUGGAGUUAAACAGAUGAACGAUAUACUUAAUAAACAGAUCGACACACUAAGGCUGAAGAUUCAAGUGGAUGAGAAGAACUUUGAUGUCACCAGAAACUUUCUGAUUCAGUCGAAGGAGACUGAAGUGGAGAGAAAAGAUGAACAGAUCGAUGAACUGAAAGAUUCGGUGACCAGCCUCAAUGAACAGAUUCGCAAACUUGCCAAAGAAAACGAAGAAAAAGACAAACUGAUUGCCAGUAAGUGUGCUGAGAUUGGAGAGCUGAAAAUCUUGGUCAGACAAACAAAGGAAUGUGCCAGAAAAAUAAACAGACAGGUUGGUCGAAUUAAACUGGAGAAAGAGAAAUUGGAAGCUGACCCUAAAUAUCAAAAACAAAAGGAAGAGAUAGAGAUGUUAAAUAAGGAGUUGGAAUUACUGAAACAGAGACUCAUCACAGUAGACCAGGAGCUGGAUCGAGCAAACAAGAUUAUAGAAGAACAAACUGAAGAACUGAAGAGCUAUGACCACGACCGAGUUGUCAUGCAUGAGAAAUUCCAAGCAGAUUUAGAAACCGCUACCAAGUCAAUGAAUAAAGAAGUAGAAAGAAUGAGAGAGGUCAUGAGUCAAAACAGCGAAGAAAUGAAAAACAUUUAUCAACAAAACAAAGCAAUGCAAAUGGACGUCAUUGCUAUCAAGGAAAUGUUGAGAACUAAGAAUGAGUUAGCUGCCAAAGCCUCAACUCCUACUCCAGUGCUACCUCAUGCAGAGAUAGCCUCGUUUCAAACUAAAGCCUUGUUAAAGAAGCCCACCCCUUCACAACAUGUGCCUAGAGAACAUUACAACAAACACUCUGGCUCUGUUACAAAAAGCCAAACCAGUAAAGCAGGAGAAAGGGUUUCUCUCAGUGCUUCUGAACAGUUCGGCAGUGAUUCGCCAGAUGCAAGUUCUAGAACAGUUUACCCUUCCCAGCGUAUACUGGGACCGCCACAAGGCAUUCAACAGACUGCUACAAGUAUACCUAUCUUACCUCCCCUGUAUGUCAAUGAACUUCAAUUUCAGCCCGGAACUAGAGUAAGAAACAAAAUGGUAGCAGGAAGUUCCAAGAUAAACAGAAAACCGAACAAAAAAUAACAUUUUGUUAGGUCUUGGAGGAAAACAAAGUCUAUACAAAGAAAAACAUGUCUUGUAGGAAAAGAGAGAGUCUAUACAAAGAAAAACAAUCAGAAAAUAGUUGAACUUAGUUCUGCAAAGAAAGAUGAAAGUCAGUCCUAUUUGCUGGAGACCUACCUUGUUACUUGUAAUUAAGUUUUCAAUAGUUCAAUUUAAGUUCAUCCAAAAUUGUGAUCCACUUCUAAUCUAUAUAAUCAGUAUUGCAUUGUAGAGCACAGCAAAUGUUUCAUUUUAUAAACUGAUCAAUUGUUUAUAGAUAGUAUAAUAUAGGCCUAUGUCAUUGUAUUAUAUGCUUACAAAUGCUGAUUUUUUUUAACGUAGAGAAACUAUAAAACAAUAAAAAAAAAAAAAACAA